ACGACCCCGGUUCUCUUUUCUCCUAACCGAGAAGGCAAAUCAGCUGUGGGUCGCUAAGCGGACUUUUAAAUAUACUUCCCGUUACGUCCAUAUAGGAUAACGUUAUAAUUAAACAUGUCUACUAACAGUAUGAUGGACCCGAGGAGACAAAAUAAGAUUUUAAGGUACAAGCCUCCCAGCACAGAGACCAACCCCACACUAGAGGACCCCACUCCUGACUACAUGAACCUGCUCGGCAUGAUCUUCAGCAUGUGUGGGCUCAUGCUUAAGCUGAAGUGGUGCGCCUGGAUCGCCGUCUACUGCUCCUUCAUCAGCUUUGCAAACUCCAGAAGUUCAGAAGACACCAAACAGAUGAUGAGCAGCUUUAUGUUGUCUAUCUCAGCCGUAGUGAUGUCAUACCUCCAGAACCCACAGCCAAUGUCUCCACCAUGGUAACCAAGGGCCAAUCACAGAAGAAAGCAUAAGUUGGCCACAAUUGCCUCCAACUCCCUGAAAAAAAAAUGGAGUCAUCUAUUAGCAACAACAUAAACAGAAAAAAAUGACAGUCAUGUUUUACAGUUUUAAUCCUGUAUGAUAUUUUUUUUUCUUUUUAGUUGCUGAUGAAAUCUUAAAAUAUAAAAAUUUUUGCAUACUUUUCUGAAUAAAGCGGUCUGGUUAUUUACAAAAAGCUGCUGUCCAGUAUGAAUCUAAAAGGUGAGACGAGGGAUUUUGGGAUGUCUAAGAAACAACAAACUUUCUUCUAUACACGUUUUAAUGCAACAGCAGAUUAUUCUAAUUUUACCAUAUUAAUUUUUCUCAGAAUCGCAUAAAUUAAAACCUUCAUUUCCUUUCAGGUGCAUCAAAACUGGCAUAAACCGUUCUGUCAGACAGGAUGGUGGUAUUUUACAAAGCUUAUAAUGUUCUAAAACGCUUGAAACCCCCUGAAUUAAAUGACCCUCCCAAUAAAAUAAACCUUAAAACAGUC